CGAUGUCAGUUUUCGAUACCCAUAUCGUCAUUAUUCAAAUUUGAAAAAAGGGGCAACCCUAAACAGAGGCGUCCUUAAAAACGCGCGAAUCUUCAAUCUAACAACAUAAAAACUACAAACUACAAUUAAGCAAGAAACUGCUGGAUUUGUGCACUUUGGAGACCAACACAACUUAGCAUGAGUGAUUCGUCUGAAGCACCAACGCGUGAGAAGCGCUCUUUUCUGAUGGCUCGAGAUCCCAGCGUUGACCGGCGCUUUCGGCCCAGGCCGAACAAAAAGUUGCGUCUCUUUGAUGAUAUCCACGAAUCAGCAGAGAGCACAGAUCCCUCAGACACGGAAUCAGAAUACACAUCUAAUGGGGGAGACGAUGCAACCAGUGUAGAAGAUAGCAGUGUAGCGGAGACGGGACCACAGGUGUUUCUGCGUCUGCGUCCCGUGAGUGCUGCCUCCAAGGGAUACUCGCUAUCAGACGAUGGCAAAGUUCUGAUAACCAGCGCAAAGAGUGAAAAUAGCAGUAACAAUGUCAACCGAAUGGAAAAGCACUUUGGAUUCACAUCCAUUUUUGAUGGCACCGUUGGGCAGCAGGAUAUCUACGACAUCUGUGUUGGCCCCAAGAUUCUGGAAGAGGAAUGCGUGACCAUAAUGACGUAUGGCACUUCAGGCUCGGGAAAAACUUACACGCUGCUUGGCGAUGAUGUGCGGGCUGGUGUUAUACCCCGCGGCCUAGAGCACAUAUUCACAGUCUACCUGGAGAACAUGUAUCACGCACCCAAGCUAAAACUGAUCAACGGGUGCAUUGUGUUUUUGCAAGACGACGCCACGCUGCGGGAAAUGCAAAUAAGCAAGAAACUGCUCGAUUUGUGCCCGGAUAUUGGCGCCAAUCACGAGCGACUGAGGCAGGUGAUUAAGAGCGAUCACACCUUCGAGACGAAGGCCGAGCCAGACGUAUCGGUAAUGAUUUGGGUAUCCUUUGUGGAGAUCUACAAUGAACUGGUUUACGACCUACUGAGCAUACCGCCGCGUCAAGAAAACCUUGGAGCUGCGCCACGCAAACCCCUAAAGAUCGCCUGCAAUAAAGGGCAAGUAUUUAUCAAGGGCCUCACGACUGUGUUCGUGAAGAGCAGCGAGGAAGCAUUGCGGCUCCUGCGGCUGGGGCAGCAGCGUUCCACAUACGCUUCGACUUCCGUGAACUCGAACUCUAGCCGAUCGCACUGUGUCUUCACCGUGGAUGUGUUAAAGUACAACCGCUCGGGCAUGACCACUCAAUGUUCGUACAAGUUCUGCGACCUCGCGGGCUCGGAACGUGUCAACAAUACAGGCACCAUAGGGCUACGCCUCAAGGAGGCGAAGAACAUCAAUACCUCCCUAAUGACACUGGGACGCUGUCUGGAUGCGGCUAGUACUUCGCGCAAGAAGCCGAGCACUGACGUCAUACCAUUUCGCGAUUCGAAGCUAACCAUGCUGCUGCAAGCAGCCCUACUCGGAAAGGAACGAUUGGCCAUGAUAGUGACCGUCACGCCGCUGGAGAAGUACUAUGAGGAAAACCUGAACGUGCUUAACUUUGCUUCCAUAGCGAAGAAUAUAAUUUUCAAAGAGCCGAUGGUGAAGCAGCAUAGUACACGUUAUUCCAGUUUCUUGGACAACUCAAAAAGGAAUAGUCAAUACGAAUACAUUAAAGAGAUUGAGGAGGAUAACAUCGGUUUGCGGGAAGAGAUCGAUCGUUUGAAGUUCGACCAUGUGCUGAAGAUGCAGCUGCUGGAGGAGAAGCUGCGAAAGGAACUUACCGACACCUUCCAGGAAAUGAUGCGGGUGAACAAAAAACAGUGGGAGGAGCAGUCCGAGAAGCAACUCUUGAUGGCAGAGAGGGAGUUUGAGUUUAAGUUGGGCUCACAAAAGCGGCGCUACGAAGAGGAAAUUGAGGAUCUUAAAGAUGAAAUCGAGGAUCUGAAAUCUCCCUCAAGAGACAUUGACACUGACAGUAUGGAUGAAAUGGACGAGGAUCCCAAAUCGCCAAUCGAAAUACUCGAUGACGAAUAGUACAUGCAUACAUAUGUUUUAUUUCAAAUGUUUAAUGUUUAGUUUAAGUGUUAGUUAUUUCUUAUAUUUAAUUCCUUUUCCAUUGAAAACCAUUCUCAUUAAAUAAAAAUGUGUUUGUCUUUUAAUGUGAAGAAUUUGCAAUCAGAAUCAGAAUUUCUAGCUGCCAGGCAAACAGCAC